CGCCGCCGCUGCUGGCAGACCGUUCCCUUUUCUGUUGCGGAGUGCUGUAAUCUAGGUGGAUCCUGGCUGGCGAGCGCUGGCUGCGCCUCCACCGGUCCCAGGCUGUUAGGCUAAGCAUCGGGGGAGGGGUGAUUAAGGCUCGGGAGAGCUUUCACCUUGCACCCGGCGAAAGCCUUCCUGCCCUUCCUGCCGCCGAUGCGCCGAGCAGCGGCUGGCCGAUGGCUUGUCGCGUCCUCGCCUGUUUUCCCUGAUCCAAAGGCGUUCAGCUCGGAGCAGCAGGCAUGCUGGAUUGUGGCGGGCGGCACUGGGCUCUUUUUGCUGCGGCGCUCAGGCUGUGGCUGCUCCUAACUUUAUGGACGCAGGUCUCCCAGUCCACGGGCUAUUUCGAGCUGCAGAUUAACUCGGUAAAGAAUGUAAACGGCGAAUUGUUGAAUGGGGAAUGUUGUGAUGGCAUGAAACCCCCAACGAACGUGGACUGUACUCGGGAUGAGUGUGAUACUUACGUGAAAGUCUGUUUGAAGGAAUAUCAGGCUAAAAUCACGCCUAUUGGGACAUGCAGUUACGGCUCCGGAUCUACUCCUGUUCUUGGUGGAAAUACUUUUUAUCUGAACAGCCGAAAUUUUCAUCAGGGUAAAAACCACGACAUGGGGAGGAUUGUUAUACCUUUUCAGUUUGCUUGGCCGAGGUCAUUCACAUUAAUAAUAGAAGCCUGGGACUGGGAUAAUGAAACAAAAGCUGAUGAGAAAUCAUUAAUUGACAGAGUAUCAUAUGCGGGUAUGAUCAACCCAGAGGAUAGAUGGACAACACUACAGUUGAAUGGCCAUGUUGCUCAUUUUGAAGCACAAAUAAGAGUGAAAUGUGAUGAAAACUAUUAUGGACCACAGUGCAAUAAAUUUUGUGGGCCCCGUGAUGACUUUGUGGGCCAUUAUACAUGUGACCAAAAUGGAAAUAAGGCUUGUAUGGAAGGAUGGAUAGGUGAUGAAUGUAAACAAGCUGUAUGUAAGCAAGGAUGUAAUUUAAUCCGUGGAGGAUGCAGUGUACCUGGGGAGUGCAAGUGUAAUUAUGGUUGGCAGGGGCAAUUCUGCGAUGAGUGUGUCCCCUACCCAGGCUGUGCUCAUGGGAGUUGCAACAACCCAUGGGAAUGCAAAUGUGAAACCAACUGGGGAGGCCUGCUCUGCAACAAAGAUUUAAACUACUGUGGAAAUCAUCAUCCAUGUGUAAAUGGUGGAACCUGCAUGAAUACAGAACCAGAUGAAUAUAGCUGUGCUUGUCAAGAUGGUUACUCUGGAAAGAACUGUGAAAUUGGUACAUACAACAGUUAAUA